UUUCGUUGUUUCUAUACCACCACGUAUGAUAUCUUCUGCAGUUCCCUGGUCCUUCCCAUGUUCGAUCCCGCUGUCAAUAGUUGAAAUUUCCCUGGUCCCCGAAUAUUGUUUACAAGUCCGAGUCCUUCGCUUCGAAUCGGAAUGCUGUUGCUGGCAGGGUACCUACAUGCAAUGCGGCCCGAUUGAGAAUGGACAGAUAGACGUAUUUGAUACGCCAAAGAAAUGUAUUGCAUGCGUAAAGCACGCACGCCGUUCAAGGUUUACCGCGCCCUGCUUCACGUUCUUCGCGUAUAUGCCGCGCUUAUGGUUCUUAGAGGUUUACCAGACUAGAAGGGCUCUUAUACCGUAUGGUUUUGGCUUUCACGUCGGAUAUGGGUGGUGUUCGAAUCGACGGUAUUUGGGUUCCGGUGAAUACAACGGACAAGGAUCAUUAGCAGGCGAUGCAGUCGGCUGGUGUAGGUCCCUAACAAAGUCCUCUGGCCUGCGUGCACAGAGUGAUGCGUGCCAUCAUGACCGAACACGUGUCGGUUGUUUACAGUGAUAUUUUGAUCUCAAGAAGAUGAAGAUAUGCGUAUACAUGUCAAGAGUUCGUAAAAGGAUGGUAUUCAAGAAACGUCGACCUAACAUGGCCUUCAUGACUUCCUUGUUCUCGCAGGGCCCGCACCCAGCCAUACUGUCAUACAGGCCCUUUUGCAUGCCCGUUUGAGACAGGAAAUAACAGCUCAUUGAAGUUGAGCCUGAUUGACGAGCACCGCACGAAUUACAAUAUUUGUAAGUUGUAAGAUUGAAA